CUUAAAUUGCAGUGAUAGUAAGUUGCAAUAUCCGGAGCACAUGCAUAUUGUCAGUCUUCUCCUUCUCUUGCUCACUGAAUUUUUCAUCUUUUUUGUACCUACUGGGAAAUUUACCUUGUUGCUUGCCUUUUGUGCUGGGAACAUUGCAGAAUUUGAAAAGCUUCCUCCUGUACUUCCCAAGGAAGAAGAUCUUCUGUCUUUCUGGGGAGAUUUUAACAGCAGUAAAUUAUAAAAGAAGAAAUCACUUUUCAAAAUAUAGAUGACUAAAAGUAACGGAGAAGAUCCAAGAUCUGGAAAUAGGAUGGAGCGCUUUCAGCAAGGAGUACGGAAACGUACACUCCUGGCAAAAAAGAAGGUGCAGAGCAUAACUAAGGAUGAUGUUAAAGGUUACCUAGUGAGGAAUGCCUUUGUGCUCUUCACCGUCACUGCUGUCAUUGUUGGCAUAAUCCUUGGAUUUUGUCUCCGACCAUACAAAAUGACCUACCGGGAAGUCAAGUACUUUUCCUUUCCAGGAGAACUACUGAUGAGAAUGUUGCAGAUGUUGGUCCUACCACUCAUCGUAUCCAGUUUAGUUACAGGAACGGCUGCCCUGGAUAAUAAAGCAUCAGGGAAGAUGGGAAUGCGAGCAAUAGUCUACUACAUGAGUACUACGAUCAUUGCUGUAAUUAUUGGUAUAAUCAUUGUGGUCAUCAUCCACCCUGGGAAAGGUACAAAGGAAAAUAUGCACAGAGAAGGCAAAAUUAUGAAAGUGACAGCAGCAGAUGCCUUUCUUGAUUUAAUCAGAAACAUGUUCCCUCCAAACUUGGUGGAAGCCUGCUUUAAACAGUUCAAAACGAACUAUGACAAGAGAAUGUUUAGAGUAGCAAUUCCACCCAAUGAAACAUCUGUUGUGGCUUCCGUAAUAAACAAUGUAUCAGAGGCAAUGGAAACCCUAACUCGAAUGAAAGAGGAGGUGAUCCCUGUUCCAGGUGCUGUCAAUGGAGUGAAUGCGUUGGGACUGGUGGUCUUCUCAAUAAGCUUCGGAUUGGUGAUAGGGAACAUGAAGGAGCAAGGGCAGCCAUUAAGACACUUCUUUGAUAGCCUUAAUGAAGCUAUCAUGAAAUUGGUAGCUCUAAUCAUGUGGUAUGCCCCACUUGGUAUCAUGUUCUUGAUUGCUGGGAAAAUUGUUGAGAUGGAAGAUAUGGGUGUGAUUGGUGGACAACUUGCCAUGUACACUGUAACAGUUAUCAUUGGUUUGCUCAUUCAUGCUAUUAUUGUUCUACCACUACUCUACUUCCUGGUUGUUCGUAAGAACCCUUGGGUAUUUAUUGGAGGACUUCUGCAGGCACUGAUCACAGCUUUGGGAACAUCUUCAAGUUCUGCCACCCUACCCAUAACAUUUAAAUGUCUGGAAGAGAAUAAUGGAGUGGACAAGCGUAUUACAAGAUUUGUGCUCCCAGUGGGUGCUACAAUUAACAUGGAUGGGACUGCUUUAUAUGAGGCUUUGGCUGCAAUUUUCAUCGCACAGGUUAACAACUUUGAACUGAACUUUGGGCAGAUUAUCACAAUCAGCAUCACAGCUACAGCUGCCAGUAUUGGCGCUGCAGGAAUUCCUCAGGCUGGACUGGUCACCAUGGUCAUUGUGUUGACAUCUGUUGGUUUGCCUACAGAGGACAUCACUCUUAUCAUUGCAGUGGACUGGUUCUUGGACCGUCUCCGUACCACUACAAAUGUCUUGGGUGACUCCAUUGGUGCAGGGAUUGUUGAACAUUUGUCACGGAAUGAGCUGAAGAGCAGGGAUGCUGAGAUGGGUAAUUCUGUGAUAGAGGAAAAUGAAAUGAAAAAACCAUACCAAUUGAUCUCACAGGAAAAUGAGAGCGUAAAACCAUUAGACAGUGAAACCAAGAUGUAGGAUAGACCAGGCAUGAGUCCAACACUAGAAGUGUGGGAAAUAUACUUUCUACAACCAUUUAUAUCUUGUUUUCAAGAAGUCCAUUUAUAUCUUGCUUUCUCCCAUAUGAUAGCAUUGGAACAGAGUUAAUCAAAAACAUUCUGAAUUAGCAGUGACCAAGGUAUGUGUUUGCGUCCCACUUUAAAAAAAAUUAACAAGUUAUCAUACUGGUCCUGCUGGAGAUGUGCUAACUGUGAGGGGACAGGGAUGGGAAGAGGGAGAGUGUCUAUUAAAUCAUUAAAAAACAUACCAGUGUAUAUGUUACUCAAUCCUGUAAAUGUGAUCUUGUUUUUAUAAGCUGGAAAGUCACAAUAGAUAAUAUAGCCUGAAAAGGGUUUUAUUUUUUUAAAUACCUAUUGCCCAUUUCUUAACAUCAGUAAGCACACAAAUCAACAUUUUUCACUUGACAACUGCACGCAAACAAGGAAAUUAACAGGAUUGCUUUUUUUCCCUUCUGGUGAUAUGUUAUUUCUUUAUCCUAUUACUAGCAGGACAAUAAAAAGGAGGACUUUUAAAUUUAAAAAAAAGUAGAGAUGUUCAGGUAAAAAAAAUACCCACGAUCAGCACUUUUAUCAGCUGAGCUGAAAUGUCAUUUCUGAGGAGGUGAUUUCAUCUUAAUAGGACACUUUAGGGUCAGUGAGGGCCAGUUCUUGACAAGUGCUUAGCACUUUCAGCUCCCACUGACCAGCACACACUUAUACAUAUGCGUAUUUUUACUCACCUGAGUAGUCCCCUUAACUUUAAUGCCACUACUCACAUGAGCAAUGUUACACAUAUGCAGAGAAGUGCUUGAAGAAUCAGGGCCCUAGAUUGUAUGCUCUUUGGGGUGGGAAGUGUACUUCAUCUGUGCUCAGAAGGCACAUAGCACACUGUGGGUGCAUUCACAAUCAAAAUAAUAUGUAAUACAAAUAGCAGAGAGGGCCAGCACUUUGCAAGAGGUACUUCAUACCUGGCAAGAGAUGUGCAGAACCUAACUGGAUGGGGCUCUAAACCUGUCUUUGUGUUGCUGAAAUUGCAUUGCUGGAAGUCCUGUGACCAAGAGGUCACUUUCAAAAAAUGGAAAUCUUGUAAUCAAUUAGCCUGGUGUCAUUCCAUGAAUAAGUAGUAAAACUAUUAGCCAAAUGUACCUUAUUUUACAUAGGGGAGAGAACUCCCCAUCCCACUGGGAGGUUCCCAUAUCUUUGUGGGUUUACCAGCAGUAUCUCAAAUAUAAAAAAUAAUUUUUUAGAAAGCAAAACUAAUGGGUGCUCUAUUACUUACUAGGAAAAAUAUAUAUAUAUAAACUGCAGAAUAGUAAAUACAUUUAAUAAAUUUUAAAAAUAUAAUAAGAAAAGAUUUUUAAGAGUAAUAUUGUAGAUCUCCUUCAAGUCACAGAGAAGGAAAGAAAAAAAAAGGGGGGGGGGAGAAAUACACUCCGAAUCCUAUGGCUUUUUUUUGUUCAUUUCAAGAUUAUUCCCUGAAGAAACCCUUUUAUGAAAAAUAUUAAUUGUAUAUAUUUUCCUUUUCCACUUCUUGUAUUACUGUAGGAGUCAAACUGGAAAGAUUUAUGGUGCAGUUAGAGAUAGGUAGCUGAGGAAUACGAAUCCACAAGCACAAAACUGGUUGAGUGGUCUAUUUUAUUUGAAAAUGUUUGGUUUUGUUCUGAACUAAAAAAAAAGAGAGAGAGAGACACACACACACAGAACGGAGACAUUCCCAUGUCAUACCACAACUGCCACUUGCCAGACAUUUAAGAACAUCUGUAGCUUUUGUCUCUAGAAGACCAUAAGAACUGAUGUGUAAAUGUCAAUGUAACUGGUGAAAAUAUGAGUGUGAUAAUUGAGGGCAGUCUUUUCCCACUUUUAAAGCAACAAGGCAGGCUUCUUUUUCCAAGAAAGACAAAUCCUAUUCAUUUUUAGGAGCCCAGUCAAUGUGAGCAGGAACAACUCAUGAGUGAAGUGAGCAGAAUUUAGCCGAGAGUAUUCAGCAGUCAGUGCUUUAAUCACCUCAAAGCUCUAGAUGAAUCUCUGACUGAAAGUGAUAAAGUGUGAACUUUUUUUGCUAACAGAAUGAAAACCUAGAAUGCAGACAGGCAUCUUUGGAUAUGUAAUUAGAGAUAUUUUUAUAUAGAUCCUGUAUUCAAUGUGUGUUUAUAAAAGUUAACUUUAGAAUGUCUGGAGUAACAGUUUAAUUUUUGUUGAGAGACUAUUUGGAAAUACCCUGCAAAGACUUAAUGUAAAUGGUUGUCUUUCUAUGACAUAAGUUGAGAAAAAUGAAUUGUGUCACAAAGUUUGUGAUUUUUUUUUUUUUACUAACUUUGUUUCUUAUGGAAAUCAAUUACUAUAGAAAGAUUCCAUUCCCCAUCUCUCAUUGGCUCUGCAUUUGGUUGCACCCAAUGUGGAUUGAGAAACAUUACUUUGUAGAUGUAUUUUCAAUAAAAAUAGUUUUACGUUA